AUGUAUUUUCCGCGUCUCGGUGUGCUCCACAAAGCCGUGGUGGUGUUGCUGCUGUUUGCGGAGGGAAGCGGAGACGUGCUCGAGCUCCGGGACGCAGAUUUUGAGCGGCGCGUGGCCGAGCGCGAGAGCGCGCUGGUGGAGUUCUUCACCCCGUGGUGUGGUCACUGUAAGAGGUUAGCUCCUGAAUAUGAAGCGGCUGCUGCCAGACUAAAGGGUACAGUACUCUUAGCAAAGGUGGACUGCACUGUGAACUCUGAGACAUGUGAGAAGUUUGGGGUGAACGGGUACCCCACUCUAAAAAUCUUUCGAAAUGGCGAGGAGGCCUCUUCAUAUGAUGGUCCUCGGACAGCGGAUGGCAUUGUGAGUUAUAUGAAGAAGCAGGCUGGCCCAAGCUCUGUCGCUCUACACAGUGAAGCUGAGCUGGAUGCUUUCAUUAAUGGUUUUGAACCCAGUGUUGUGGGCUUUUUCUCAGGUGAUCAUCUGGAGCUUGCUAACUUUCUGAAGGCCUCCAUUGCUUUGAGGGACAGUUAUCGAUUUGCCCAUACCACAGACCUGGGAAUAGGACGAAAACAUGGCGUGGACAGAGAGUGCGUCCUGCUUUUUCGGCCUCCCCACUUGAGCAACGUGUUUGAGGAUAGUGUGCUGAAGUUUGCUGACUCUGUCUCAACCGCUACACUCCGCACAUUCCUCAGGGACAACAUUUUUGGCCUUUGUCCUCAUCUGACCUCUGAGAACAGAGACCGUCUGAGAUCGGGAGAUCUGCUUACAGCCUAUUAUGAUGUUGAUUAUGUGUGGAAUCCAAAGGGUACAAAUUACUGGCGAAACAGGGUGAUGAAGGUGGCGACUCGGUUCCUGUCUCGGGAGCUGAGUUUUGCUGUGGCUGACCUGGAAGAGUUUCAGGAGGAGCUGGAGGAGGAGUUUGGACUGCAGUUAUCUGAUGGAGGAGAGAUGCCCUUUAUCACGAUCAGGACCAGAGCAGGACACAAGUACAUCAUGCAAGAGGAGUUCACGAGAGAUGGUAAAUCUUUGGAGAGGUUCCUGGAGGAUUAUUUUGCCAGACGCUUAAAGAGAUACAUGAAAUCUGAGCCUGUACCAGAAACAAACGAUGGUCCUGUCAAGGUUGUGGUGGCAGAUACUUUUGACGAAAUUGUGAACAAUCCAGAGAAAGAUGUCCUGGUGGAGUUUUAUGCUCCAUGGUGCAGUCAUUGUAAAAAUCUGGAGCCUACAUAUACUGAGCUUGGAGAAAAGCUGUCUGGUGAUCUCCACAUUGUCAUUGCUAAGAUGGAUGCCACUGCCAAUGAUAUUCCUCCAAGUUAUGAUGUACAGGGCUUCCCAACAAUUUACUUUGCUCCUGCUGGACAAAAAGACCAACCAAGGCGUUAUGAGGGUGGACGUGAGAUCAGGGACUUCAUCAGCUAUCUGGAGAAAGAAGCUACAAAUCCACUGGUCUUUGGCAAUCUCAGGGAUGACCUGUAAAUUUGACCUGACACAGAUGAUCUCUGUUGAUAUUGGGGAUAAAGAGACAUGAGUGUCAUUUUUGUCCCCAGUUUAACACUGGAUUUUAUUUUUAUUUUUUUAAAUCAGGCAAAAAUGAUACCUGUCCAAAUUACUAAGCUGCUCCACUGUUACACACAUGGACUAUAAACCAUAUCUGUAGCUAAACUGUAAUUUCAGCAAUAGGAAUACACAGAAUAAAUCAAACCUGUAUUUUAGUACAAAGCAAACUUUUUUUUUUUCUUUUUGCUGGAGGUCACAAUCAUCUUUAUAUUGAGCAUAUUCAGGGAAGUGACUAACACUUUUUUUAUUCUAUCCGCAUUCACUGGAUAUGAGCAAUCGCGCGCUCUGAGUGGCUACUCUACUACUAGGCUAUCAGCUCAUAUACCAUGAGUAGAGAAAAACAAAAUGGUGGAGCGUGUUACUCAACCAACCGAGGACGAAAUAAAAACUCUACUCGAAAACAGCACCCCACCCCAUACAAAAAAACCCCAAC